CGUCUGUAGCACGAGGUGUUGAUACACGAGAGUGACACUCAAACAGCAGACCUUUAUCGCAGCAAACGAGAUGCGAUCGUUUCGUGUGCGCCGUCGCACUCAUACUGCGCCUUACCGUAAUAUAGCCUCACAUUAACAACUCUGGUUUUUGGAAACAACAGACGGAAAGCCACGGAUUAAAUAGUCGCUAUCGGUCGCUGGCACCAAGUGAAGUGUUGUGCGUUCAUUAAAUAUCAAACAGUGCCUUAACACUUUUACUUACUCUCACUUUAGUGGCGCCUGAGACGAGCGGCCGCGAUUGAUACCUGCAGCUCGAUGGAUAUUACCAAGUCUAACAUACGGCUGACGGACAACACAGAGGAACCGACAUGGCGUGAUACAUCGAAGAGAUUUGUAAAAAAAAUAAGAGUUUUACUCCGAGAGACGACUGUAGAGCCAUGCUUGUUUACAUACAUGCUGUGUACCAGUAUCUCAUCACUCGCCGUGCAGAAUAUGCAUUUGGAAAAAUCGUGCCGAGUUAAUUAUAGGCUUGGCGAUGAUAUUUGUAAUCGAAUAAGUUCAAGAAACACGACCGGCUUAGAUGAAGAAUUAAAUAAUGUGCAGUCUUUAGUGGCUCAGGUUGUUGCUUGGAAGUUCCCUCUACAGACAGCAAUACCGGCCGUCAUGGUGUUGUUUGUUGGGGCGUGGAGUGACAGAACAAAAAAAAGAAAGAUUUGUAUACUGCUCCCGUUCAUUGGAGAAAUUAUUGCGAACAUUGGGUUACUAUUGGCAACGUAUUACUUCUACGAAGUAUCUUUAACAUCAACUGCGUUGAUAGAAGCAUUGCCUUCUGCGUUUACCGGCAGUUAUAUUAUAAUAUUUAUUGGUAUGUACAGUUUUAUGGCCGAUCGGACUACAAUUGAGAAUAGAACUUUUAGGUUAGGUCUUGUAACUCUUUGUGUGAGCGCCGGUACGCCAUCGGGAACUGCACUAAGCGGUAUCGCGCUCAAAACUCUCGGCUACUAUGGUGUAUUUUCUCUUCUCCUAGUGCUGCAUAUUCUGUCAUUUCUGUAUGGUUUGUUUAGAUUAGAAGACGUGUUACCAGUUGAAGAAGAACUAAGAUUUCAUAACGAACAGAAAAAUAGCUGCAAUCGAAAAUGUAUUGAAGUGUUGAGGCUUGUGGCUAACACAAUGAUGGUUGUUUUACGACCAAGGGCAUUUGGAUUGAGAACGCAGAUUAUAUUUGUUGCUAUUCUGUAUUUUCUCAUGGUGGGACCGUUGUAUGGUGACUCUCAAGUCAGCUACCUGUACGCCAUUCGUAAGUUUAAUUUCAACGAAGUGGAGUACAGUAUAUACGGAACUGUCAACAUUGUAAUGGGAUUGAUUGGAACGUUCUUUUGUAUAACAGUGUUAAGUAAGAAAUAUCGCGUAGAAGACAGCAUUAUCGGAGCCUUAGCAGCCGUCAGCCGGAUAGCAGCUUGCUUCGUAUUCGCUUUUGCUCCAUCGCGGACGUGGUAUUAUCUGGCGCCAGUGUUCAAUAUCUUUAGUCAUACGGGGCUCACUGCUGUGAGGUCGAUUGCAACCAAGAGUGUGUCCACUAAAGAAGUUGCUAAACUAAGCUCAAUAAUGGGUGUAAUGGAGGCCAUGGCUCCGUCGAUAUAUAUGCCUACAUCCAGCUACAUAUACGUGUCCACAAUACAGUCAUUUCCUGGUGCUUUUUAUUUAUUUGACGCGACUCUCACAGUGUUCGCCCUUGGCCUGUUUGCAGCAAUUUAUACCCUCGUAAGGAAAAGAAAUAAAAUAAUCGUCAGAGAUGCAAGCAAGAAAGAAGAGAUCGCUAGAUCGAAUGAAGUUUCAAGAUUUUAGAUGAAUUUUUAAAAUUACACGAAAGAUUUACAAGAAACGUGUCAUGUGUUAAAGUUCAAUAAUUACUUUAGUUGUUUAUUUAAUAAGUUUAGUUAGAAUUAGUCAAUGUUUUACAAUUUUGUUAAAUUUUACGAAUAUUUUAGAUGCUUUUAUUUUAUAAAAUUUUGAUGAUAAAAUUCUUCAAAAUUUUAGAUUUUAAAUGAAACAUGAAUAGGUUAUUAUAACAUGCAAGUUAUUUAUAACUUAUAACUACACACAUUGCUCAAGGCAAACUGAAAUACUAAAUUAGUAUUUAAAUUACUUGUACCAGUUAACAAGUCACUUGACUUCACUUGAAUUUUGUCUGACACUCUAUAUCCGUAAAUGUAACUAUUGCUACUAAUCGUCACUCGUCAUUAAAAGUAACAGUAAAAUUUGCAGUCUCGUGCAAGACUUUAGCGAGACAGCACGUCCUGAGGAUGCCUCGUGUAGAGGCGAAACACGUAUCGAAUUGUUUAAAGACGGUUGGCGGUUUUAACACUAAAGAAAACUCAAAUCAUUUGUAUAAAUUUUGAUGCCAAUAUCGAAAUAAAAAAUAUUAUAUUUUGUGAAAUUUACAAUCAUAACUGGACAAUUUUUAACAUUGUGACUGUGGUAAUAACGAGGGCAUAAAAUUUUACCAGAGGGUGCUAUACACACGAUAUCAAAGUACAUAUAAUACCUAGGUAACACUGAAAAUGUUUACAAAAUGAAAAACGGCUUAAUGUAGAAAGUUGCCGAUAGUUUUAUUGUUUUUCGAAGUAAUCUCCGUUCCUCUCUACACAUCGUGGAAUUCGAUGGAACCACAAAGAAAAGCGCUGUGCCCAUUCUUCCUUAUUCUCUUCUAUGGCAUUUUCGUACGAUGCCCAUUAGACUGAACACUACACACUACUCACAACUCACAACACUCUCACAUAUUCGGAACACAUACUCACACACACUACACGCAUAUCUAUUUAUUAAUUAUGUAUCAUAAGCACACAUUACUCAGGACUUCUUCUUUUUUUAUAUAAUUACCAUUUAUUUACCAGCGUUAUUAUUUCAUUAUAAUUUAACAUGCCAAACUUUGUCAAACGCAAUACAUGUAUGUAGUUAAAAGUAUUAAUUUGUAGAAUAGAAAUGCUGUAAAGUUUGCUUAAAUAAAUAAAUAAAAGUCGCAGGGCGCCAGGUCAGGGCUGUAUGGCGGAUGACUCAUUAUCUCGACACCUCCCACAGUCAAAUAUUCAACAGUCCGUUUUGCGGAGUGCGCUGAAGCAUUGUCGUGGUGAAGGAGGAUCCUGCUACGAGGGCGCUGCUGUCGAAUUUUUUCCAAGACAACAGGCAAACAGCGAUUGACAUAGCAGUCUGCAGUAACUGUCCUUCCAUCUUCUAGCACAACUAUCGCGAAAUGACCUAUCCGACCAAAGAAUGAGGCAAUCAUCUUUUUUCCUUGACUUAUUCCUUACUUUACCUAAGUUGGCCGAUCCUCGAAAGGAAACACCCACUGAGCUGAUUGUCUUUUGGUUUCGGGUUCGUAGCAAUAUAUCCAGCUUUCAUCACCUGUGACGAUGUCAAAUACAGCACCUGAGUCACCGCCAUUGAACUUAUCUAACAUUUGGCGACACCAGUCCAUGCGAAGGUGUUUCUGGUCGUCGGUUAAAGUAUGGGCAAUAUAUCUGGUACAAAGCUUCCUGACGCCUAAAUGUACAUGUAAUAUUUUUUGAACUUGACUCAUACCAAUGCCUAGGCUUGCCCGUAUCUGCUGAUAGGUCACUCUCUUAUCUUCAUCUAUCAUGCGUUACACCAGUUUACCGGACCACAGGAUGCCGGCUAGAUUAUGGGUACCACAACGGCGCCUAUUUCUGCUGUGAAGCAGUAAUGUGUAAACAUUACUGUGUUUCGGUCUGAAGGGCGCCGUAGCUAGUGAAAUUACUGGGCAAUGAGACUUUACAUCUUAUGUCUCAAGGUGACGAGCGUAGUUGUAGUGCCGCUCAGAAUUUUUAGGGUUUUUCAAGAAUCCUGAGCGGCACUACAUUGUAAUAGGCAGGGCGCAUCAAUUACCAUCAGCUGAACGUCUUGCUCGUCUCGUCCCUUAUUUUCUUAAAAAAAAAUGCGUCGCACAGCACUGAUGUUAUCUUCAGUAGUCAGUCGCUGUUAAAGGACGUCCCUCACGCGGAUCAUCAUUGAGAUUGCUACGUCCACGCUUAAACUCGUUAAACUAAUUGUAAAUAGUGGCACGAGAUGGGGCUUCAUCAAGAAAUGUUAAUCGCAGCCUAUCAUAGCUUUGUUGUUGAGUAAUCCCAAAACGAAAGUCAUAAUAAAUCAUUAACCGAAAAUUUUCUCGCGUUAGGUUCAUUUUCAAGUGUAAUAAGAGUUAUAGAUUUGCCGCCAAUUCACAAAAACAAAUGACAUAUGAAUGCAAUAUACUACAUUCGGUUACCAAAGAGUUCUAAAAUUUAAAUUCAUAAAAGUUUUCAUUAGAAAUGUUUCUAAAUGGCCAGUUCUAAACAUUUUCAGUGUAACGUAUCACUUACCAUAACGUGGAUAGUUUUGCUUGUCCCCUCACUUUUUCUCAAAAGAAUAUAAUAUAUUACAUAGUUUUAUAAAUUAUUUCUUGUCAUUUAAUUCAUUUUAUUUAUGAAGUGAAGUGUACCUAAGAAGAUGCAUUAAUAUAGUUAAGAAAAAUAGCAACAUGUAAUUAAUUUGUUAUUAGUAUCAGUCAUUUCUUAUUCUAUGUCAAUACGAGAGAUUUGUGCAAUAUUUUAGAGUUACAUUAUUUCUUCGUUAAUAUUUUUUACAAAAUUGUUUUAAUUUUUUUAUCAUUACUUUUAUUAAUUAGUUUAUAAUAAUUAGUUUUAUUUUACGUGAUACUAAAUUUAAGUUCCAUUGUUGAUUGUUUAUGGUUUCCGACCGUUCCUUAUGAUAUAAUUGCUCAUUAUUUUAUUUGAAUAGUUUAUUAUAACUGCGUUAAAGAAUUAUAUGUUUUUGAAUUGCA